AGUUCUUCUUCGUGGGAGGAGGUUGUUGCUUAGUGCCACGUUGAUGGAGACCAGUGGGGACGUGGAAAUCUGUCCUGAGAGUCCGCAGCCGGGACCCGGUAGCCCGUUCCUCUGCCUACACACCAGUUAUUCAUAGGAGCAGAAUCGAAACGGGAACUUCUUCAGGCCGGAGGUUGUGUGUGUUUGUUUUGUUAUUGCGUUCAUGUGAGGAGCGGUUCAGAAGAGAAGGAUGAAACUCAAAGAGAUCAACCGCACAGCCAUCCAGAGCUGGAGUCCUGCUCAGCACCACCCGAUCUACCUAGCAACAGGAACGUCCGCCCAGCAGCUGGACGCCUCCUUCAGCACCAAUGCCUCCCUGGAGCUCUUCGAGUUGGACCUGGCUGAUCCGUCUCUGGAUAUGAAGUCGUGUGGCAGCCUCUCCUCCGCUCACAGAUAUCAUAAACUGGUGUGGGGCCCCUACGGCAUGGACGCCCAGGGCCACCCGUCGGGGGUGCUGAUCGCCGGCGGGGAGAACGGCAACGUCAUCCUGUACGACGCCGCCAAGAUCGUGGCCGGAGAGAGCGACGUCAUCGUAGCUGAGAGCGUCAGGCACACGGGGCCAGUGAGGGCCCUCGACGUCAACCAUUUCCAAUCAAACUUGGUUGCGUCUGGUGGGAAUGAAUCAGAAAUUUACAUUUGGGACAUGAAUAAUUUUGGCUCUCCCAUGACGCCAGGACCUAAAGCACAGCCGCAGGAGGACAUCAGUUGCGUGGCGUGGAACAAACAGGUCCAGCACAUCCUGGCCUCGGCCUGCCCGAGCGGCAGGGCCUCGGUGUGGGACCUGCGGAAGAACGACCUCAUUAUCAAAGUCAGCGACCACAGCAACAGAAUGCAUUGUUCUGGGCUGGCCUGGAACCCCGAAGUGGCCACUCAGCUGGUCCUGGCCUCAGAAGACGACCGGCUGCCGGUCAUCCAGAUGUGGGACUUGCGAUUCGCUUCCUCUCCUCUCAAGAUUUUAGAGCAACACACGCGAGGGGUCCUGGCUAUCGCCUGGAGCUUGGCCGAUCCAGAGCUGCUCCUGAGCUGCGGGAAGGACAGCCGCAUCCUGUGCUGGAACCCCAACACAGGAGAGGUUCUGUACGAGCUGCCCACCAGCAGCCAGUGGUGCUUCGACAUCCAGUGGUGCCCCAGGAACCCGGCGGUGCUGUCGGCCGCGGGCUUCGACGGCCACAUCGACAUCUACUCCAUCAUGGGAGGCAGCAGCCAGGCGCAGAGCCAGAGGCACGCCGAUCAGAUCAGCAACUCCUUUGGGAACCUGGACCCGUUUGGGACGGGGCAGCCGCUGCCUCCGCUGCAGCUGCCGCAGACCCCCGCCGCUCCAGCUACAGUCAACCCCCUGAAGAAGCCCCCCAAGUGGAUCCGCAGACCAGUGGGAGCCUCCUUCGCUUUUGGAGGGAAGCUGGUGUCGUUGGAGAACGCGAAGCCUCCGCAGCCCCAGCAGCCCACAUCCCAUGUCGUUCACAUCAGUCAGGUUGUCACGGAAACGGCCUUUUUGGAGCGCUCCGACCGGCUGCAGGCCACCCUGAGCUCGGGUGGCUUCGUGGACUUCUGCCAGGAGAAGAUCAGCUCGGCUGAGAACGAGUUUGACAGAACAGUCUGGUCCUUCCUGAAGGUGAAUUUCGAGAGCGAUGUUCGCAGCAAGUACCUGGAGCUCCUGGGCUACAACAAAGAGGACGUCGCCUCCAAGAUUUCAGCAGCUUUAGAGGAGAAACCUGCUAACGUCCCUCAGCCAGACUUGUCGGCCUCCACCUCACCGCUGCCUUCAGCAGACCUCAGCCUGGCGCCCCCUGCUGACACUCCAGAGGCAGCGUUCGACCUGAUCGCCGCCUCAAACCUCCAGCCUGCAGCCGCGCUCCAUCUGAACUCCACUCCUGACCUGGACAGCGAGGAGCCGGCAGAACCGGAAGAUGGUCCUGACAGCGAACUGGACACCAACAUGGUGGAGGAGGAAGAGGAUGAUGAGGAGAAACAGGAGGAAGAGGAGGAGAUCCCUCUGAAUGAGGACCUGACAGCCCAGGUGGAAGUGGAGGAGAGCAGUCCUGUGGAAACGCCAGCAGAGAUCCCCCCUCCGGUUCCCACUCCUUCAGGAGGAGUCCAUCUCAGCGUCAGUAAAGAUGUGGACGGGCUGAUCACUCAGGCUCUGCUGACCGGAGACUUUCAGGGCGCCGUGGAGCUCUGUCUCCACGACAACCGAAUGGCAGACAGCAUCAUCCUAGCAAUUGCCGGAGGAGCCGACCUCUUGGAGAAAACCCAGAGGAAGUAUUUCACCAAAGCAAACAGCAAGAUCACCAAGCUGAUCAGCGCCGUGGUCAUGAAAGACUGGCACGACAUCCUGAAGACGUGCGAUCUGCAGAACUGGAGGGAGGCCAUGGCUGCCGUCAUGACCUACGCUCGGCCCGAGGAGUUCUCUUCCCUCUGCGACCUUCUCGGCAGCAGACUGGAGGCAGCAGAGGACCUGCAGCUCCAGUCUCAGGCCUGUCUGUGCUACAUCUGUGCGGGUAACGUGGAGAAGCUGGUGUCCUGCUGGAGCAGAGCUCAGGACGGACACUGCCCUCUCUCCCUGCAGGACCUGGUGGAGAAGGUGGUGGUGCUGCGUCGGGCGGUGGAGCUGACCCAGCAGUCCGGACCUGCAGCGAUCGGCAUCCUGCUGGCUGAGAAGAUGAGCCAGUACGCCAGCCUGCUGGCCUCUCAGGGCGGUCUGUCCACGGCCAUCACAUACCUGCCCGACAACACCAACCAGGUUGCGGUGCAGCAGCUUCGGGACCGUCUCAUCCGGGCUUUAGGACAGCAAGCAGCACCAGCACAAACCCACAGAGCUGCAUCUCAGCUGCCCGGCCGCCCGCCUCUCCCCCAGCAUCCGUUCCCCCAGGUCCAGCCGGCGUUGGUCCCUCAACCUGCUGCAGGAGUUCCAGCACCAGGCCCUACACCUGCUUCUGCCCCAUCUCAGCCUCAGUAUUACCAGCCGGUGAGGGCUGCCUCCACCGUCACCUCCUGGAGUAACCAAACUCCCACAGCCUUCCCUCCUCCUCCUCUUCCUCAUGUAGGCAGCACCCCAGACCAGCAGGCGGAGCCUCCAAACCCGAUGUACGGCCUGCCAGCCUCAAGUACACCAGCCGCCCCUUCGGCCUCCUCCACUCCUGGCUACAUGUACUCUCAUCAGUACCAGCCCUACCCCCAGGUCAACCAGUACCCGCCUGGAGCUGGGGGGGUUUCCGUCUAUCAGCCUCUUCAGUACUCUUCUACUGCUCCUCCUCAUAGUCCUCCUGCUGAGCCCUCCUCCCCUCCUCACCCCCCCGGCUUCCUCGCUCAGUAUACUCAGCCUGUCCCGCCUCCUCUCUAUCCGGGACAACCUCCUGCCGGCCACAGCCUGUCCUCCUCUCCUCCCUUUCGCCCUCCUUUCUUUCCCUCCUCGUCUUCCUUCUCCGCUCCGCCGUCCUCCGGAGCGUCUUUCCAGCAUGGCGGGCCAGGAUCUCCCGUGUCGUACAUGCCGCCUCCACUCCAUCCUCCACCGAGCGGAGUCUCAGGUACACAGCUAGACCCCGACCCCGGGCUGAUCCCCGCCUCUAAGAGAACAGGACCCCAGAAUGGCUGGAAUGACCCUCCAGCUCUGACCCGAGCCCCAAAGAAGAAGGUUCCUCAGAACUACACCCCACCCGCCCCGAUCACGGCUCCCAUUCUGGCCCCGCUGGGCGCUGACCCCCAGGCUCAGCCCAUGUCGUCUGGAGGCCCCCAGGAUAUGCUGCAGGGUCUGCAGGGCUCCCAGGUCCCUUACUCAGGCAUGCACCAGACACAGCUCCCCAGUCAAAGCAUGAACGCCUCAAUGCCCAACUCCAACAUGGAGGGCGCACCUGGAGCACCGACAGGAGACGCCAUCCAGCCUCUGCAGUCGAUCCCUGCUGAGAAGAUCAUGAAGAAGCCGAUCCCUGACGAACACCUGGUGCUGAAGACGACAUUCGAGGGUUUGAUCCAGAAGUGCUUGGCCGUAGCCACCGACCCUCAAACCAAGAGGAAGCUCGACGACGCCAACAAACGCUUGGAGGCGCUCUACGACAAACUCAGAGAGCAGACGCUCUCUCCUGCCAUCAUCGGAGGACUCCACAGCAUAGUGAGGACCAUCGAGUCUCGCUCCUACACCGAGGGCCUGAACAUCCACACCCACAUCGUCGGCAGCAGCAACUUCAGCGAGACGUCGGCCUUCAUGCCCGUGCUGAAGGUGGUGCUGACCCAAGCCAACAAGCUCGGCGUUUGAGGCCCGAGUCCGUCGCCGCGGCCCCGCCGGCCGCCCGUUUUGCGGGGAGCUCCGUUCGGUCGGCGACGCGAACGACUCCUGAGACUUCUCAACUGCAACGGUCGGCUCUUCUUCGUGCCAUUCGCGUUUUCUUUUUUGUUUUCUUUUGUUGUUCUUGUUUUACGACGCAACUCAAACAAGCCAUGCGGUCGGUCAUGCGCAGUGGUGAAAGUAGAUAUUGAGUCUAAUCAAGGGCUAUUCAGAGAAAUACCACACCAACCUUUACGUGGGCUGGCCGGUUCUGAACCACGGCUUUAAAUCAGACACUUCAAUUAAUAUGCAAAACCUCUUUUUAAGGUAAAACUGUGUAAAAUCAUUUUAAAAAACAGUCAGGAGUGAUGAUGGUUAAAAAAAAACGGGACGUUUAAGGACAUGUCUGUGUUCCUACUCAGUGUUAUAAUGUCACAAAUUACAGCUAAUAUUAAUUAUGUAUUAAUAGCAGAUUUCUGCUGCAUGCUUUUCGCUCACACGUCAUUCAACAAUGCGACAAGUUUUAGAUUUAGGAAACUUUCGCUUGUUCGUCUUUAUAAUCUCUAAUCUGUGCACUACAUCAACGCUUCGAUGCCUUCCAAUCCACAAAUUCAUUCUUUUUU